UCCACGGAAGCCAGUUCUCUCUAUCUCUUUGAAAAUUUCUGUUUUUCAACGAAUCUAGUUGAACAUUGUUAAGAUUAUCUUUUACACCCAUACCAUACAGAAUAUGAACUUUUUUUUUGAGAAAGAAAGACAAGCAUUUCUAAUGACUUAGUCAAUAUCUCAUUUUCACCUUUCCCCUUCCAUAAUUGCUUCAAUUCUUCCAUAAUUUUCAUUUCCUUCUCAAUAAAUCUGAAGUCUUUCGUUGUGGGUCAUCUUUGCGCCAAUCAGUUUUCCAUCUACAAGAAGCUAAACUGGUCACCUUCCUUAAUCUUCUGAUAGAACUGCUAAGUAAGUAGAUCGAGCACGAAUACAUUAGCAGAUAAAGUGAAUUUAUUCAGAUGGGGUGUUUAGUGUCAACCCCAAAAGAUACUGCUGGACAUAGAAGACGACCUUUAAACAUUGGAGAAGUAUCUGUUUUUGUUCCUGGCUUGCGAAUCCCCAAACCUACGGACUUUACUGAAUCACUUGGUGAUCACUUGUCUAAAAGUACAGUUGAACGGCUUUCAGCACUUAGAACUCGUAUUGUUGUAAUGGCUGGACAAGAGGCUCCCACAAUCACAAGGACAAGAAGAAGAUUCGCAACUCAGCAUGGAGGUUCUACAUUGGCUGCUCUUCAGCAGGCCUUAGAAGAUUACUUGCCUGUUCUUUUGGGAUUAGUUAAAGAUGGAAGCCCAUUGCAGCAUAAAGUGCACUUUUCAUGGGUUAAUCAGGAGGAUGAUACAGAGGAAACGGCGAUGUCUAAUGCCUGGUACGAGGUUUUGUCUGUUUUACACUUAAUGGCAGUAUUGUCAUUAUUACAAGCCAACUUGUUACUGCUUCCAAGAACAUCUUCAGAUGGAUAUCUGGCAAAAGUAUCAGAAGAGAGCAGACGGGCUGCUAUUGAUGUAUUCUUGAAGGCAGCAGGAUUCCUAGAUUGUGCUGUUAGACAAGUUCUACCCCUUUUACCUGCCGAAUAUAGGAGGAACCUUCCAGUUGAUCUUGUUGAAGGAGUCCUCCGAGCACUUUGCCUUCAAGCAUUAGGGCAGGGAGUUGAUGUCCAACUUGGGAUGGCAAUUGAUAGUACAAAGGCCACACUUGCAGUUAAGAGAAGGCUUGCAUGCGAAGUUGUUAAGUACUGGCAGCAGGCACAAGAUAAUAUUGCAAAUAUUUCUCUAUCUAAUGGUUGGGGAGAAAAACAUCAGUUCUUUGUUAAAUGGAAAUAUAUCGAAGCAAAGGCUGCUGCAUAUUAUUAUCAUGGUUUGAUCCUUGAUGAGGGAAAUACAGAGAAGUUACAUGGGAUGGCAGUGGCUUCCUUGCAAGCAGCAGACGAAUAUCUGAAAGAUAGUAAAAGGGCAUGUGAAGCUUUUAACACUGCUACUCCUGUAUCUCGUAAUCCACCUCUAUGGGGAACAAUGAAGUACCUUACUGAAAAAAUACCUAAAGAUACUUCGAGCAGGGUGCGGAUUAACAAGGAUUUGUACACCCAUGAGAGAAUCAUGGAAACUGCACCAACAUUACCAGAUUUUGCUCUGGCCCUUAAACCAGAUGAAUAUGUACUUCCUCAAAUUCACAGCUCAUGGAAUGAUGUAAACAGUUAUAUAGGAUAAAUCUGUAGGUAAGAAAAAGGUUUGUUCGAGUUCUCGCAAUGGUUGAUUAUUUUGUUCUCUGAUUUUCUACUUGAUUCUGUCUUCUCUUGGCUUCCACUAUGAAUAGAAAAACAUGUCAUAUUUCUGUUGUAUAAAGUUGUCAAUCAAAAGAAAAAAGAUUGAUUAAAUCAAAUUAGAGGCUCAUGUGUAUAGACAAUGGAACUCACUAUUUAUUUUUAUCCAUUUACUAAAAGAUAACUUUUCUUUCUUUCUUCUCAA